AUGACCAUGGAAGAAGAGACCAGGGUGGCCCCAGAGGAAACUCUAACUCCUGACCAAUUGUCUCGUUUUAUACUUAAUUUUAUAUCUAUAUCAUACAAUUCUGAUAGUUGCAGCACCAGUGUCAGCCACGCUCAAAGCAACUUUGACGAUGUCUUAGAGGCUUUUAUUACUAAUUUAAACCCCGGUGCUUUGUAUGUGGUCAAACAUUCCACCGGCGGUUUUAAGAUAUUAGACGAUAUCAACGUUAAUUCUCUUGAAGAACCCGAAUCAAUCAAAAACAUUACUGCUAUCAUCAUAUUAAUCAAGUCAAAGAACAAGCUAACUUCCCACUUACCACUCACAAAGCAAUUGAACAUUAUAAACCUUCCCAUAUCUGCCGAGGACGGUGUUCUAGAUUCAGAAGACAACUCAAACGAACUGUUUGAAAAGUUGCGGUUGGCUAUCAAUCUUGGGUUGGCGCCAUUUUUCAACUUGGUAUCCCAAUCUGCAAAUGAAGAAUCUAGUCUUACAACAACAAAGAAAAAGUUUAAUGAACUAUCAUUAUCAUUACAACAUUUGCAACAAAGAAUUCAUAUACCCAACUUACUAAUUACAACUCAUACUAAAAUUAAACUGUUGGAUCAAAGUAACUUUGAUGAAACUUUCGAAUCGUUAUUACAAGAUACCACUUUCUUAAACGAAGUUACUACUAUAGUAAAUAACUGGGCUAGACAAAUUCAAGGGUUAAUAAGACUUAACCAUGAUCCAAUGGACAGUGAAUCAAUAAUGGAGGAGAUCCAAUUUUGGAAAUCUAUGGAAGCUGCCUUACUUUCAUUAAACCAACAAGUGAGUUCAUUUGAGAUCAAGAAAUCAGUUGAAAUACUAAAUAAAGCCAAGAGAUUUCAUAUAACUUUAGGGUUUCAAAAUGACGUUCUGAGUAUAAGUGACAAGUUAACCCAAGCCAGGUUAUACAAUUCAUUAUUAAAGGAACUUCCUAUGAAUGACUUAAUUACCAUAUCUGGAGAAGACGAACAAGAUUUCUCCAAAUUUGAAUUAGCUAUAGUCAAUAUUUUCAAUCAUCUAAAAUUGAAAUUGAAUUCAUACCCGUUGACAAGAUCAGUGGAAACGAUUGAGGUCAUUUUGAAUGAUAUAAUUAGCAAAUUCCAAGGUUUAUUAACUAAGAAAUCGAUAAUGUCAUUGUCAUUUAGUAAGUUUUCUCAAUUGUAUGAUUCACAUAUUAAUAAAUUGUUUGACAUAAUUGAAAACAAUAUUAAGUACAUGAUUAAUUUGUUAAGGGAAUUGUUAAGAAGACGUCAAGAGAAAUUUAAAAUAAUAAAGAUUAACCAAACAAGGUUUGACCAAAUAAAGUCCAGACUUGAACAUCUUUAUCAAUUUCGAUUAAACCAUUUGGAUUUGUUACAAUCAAUAGAAAACGUCUUGUCCAAUUCUGACAAAAUUGAAGCAUCAAUGAAAUUAUCUGAUGCUUAUAACAAGGAAAUUAUUAGUAUUAAUUCGGUUGACAUUUCAUAUCAAGGAUCAUUAGUUUGGAAGAUGAGAGAAGAAUCCUAUCUUGAGGUUUUUAACCAACUAAAUACAUUGAUUGUGAAAAGAAUUAACCUUUUCUUUGCAAAAGCAUCAACAUUUGUCGAUGCCAUGGCGAUAUAUACAAAGUUUUUCUUUACUCACUCAUCCUCCUUAUUGGUACUGAUCAAUGAUGAAUAUAAAUUGAAAAUUUUAUCAAUUGCAGAUGUUGAAAUACAAAAGUUGAUUGAUUUUAAUUCUGAUAGAAAAUCUUCAGACGACAUUGUUGGUCAAAUUAUGUGGAACUCAAGUUUAGUUUCAAAAUUAUCAUUUUAUAGAAACAAUUUAAAGACAUUGUUGGGUAUUAAUUGGAACAACUAUUCCACAGGAACUAAAAUUGAUGCAACCACUAACAAGAUAAUUGUCAGUUUGAAUCCACAACUUGUUUAUAAUCGAUGGAUAGUAGCAAUUGGCCAAAAGCAUGCAAUGGUUGAGAAUUUGGGGAAAAUAAUUGACAUUGUGGAAAAGUCUAGCGGUAAUGAUUUUGAUUUAAUUGUCAACUUUAAUUACUCGUUACUUCAAAUUUAUGAACAGUUAAUUCAAUUAUCAAAUCUUGGACUUGAUGUGCCUUCAACCACGUUGAUGCAGUAUGGAAAGAUUUAUCAAUUACAUCCACUUGCAAUUGGAUUAAGAGAUCAUGUCAACUUACUUUGUCAAUUAUUUGAAAACAUGCAGAAUUCGAAAUAUGGGCAAACAUUUGGAUUUUUAUUAUCCGGACAAAUUGGCAAAGUUAAAGAAUCAUUGAAGCCAGUGUUAUCAGUUGAGUGGAUCCAUUUGUCUCAAGCAAUAGAGUUACAAAAGUUAAAUGAACCAAUAUUGACAAGAAGCGAAAACUUAAUUGAAAUCCAAUCACUUGCUAAAUUAAAUCAGUUUCAAGAAUCUAUUAUUCAAUUGAAUUCCCAAUCCAAGAAAUUAGAAAAUUUAUAUGAUUUUAUGAAUGAUUGUAAAUACCAAUUGAAAACAUGCGAUUUUGAUUUCAAGAAUUUGGAGAGUCAAAUAAAGUUAAUUCAAGAACAAUUCCAAAGUAUUUCCUUGGAAGAAAUUGAGAAUAUUGAGUGGUUGGUGGAUUUGUUAAAUAAAGAUAUUGAACUGGUUCUCAGUCAAAGAUUGUACACACAAUUGUUUAUUUUCAAUAAGGAAACAUUAGGAAUUAGUUCUGGCGAUGAGCUGGAAAUUGAAAUUUUAGAGCUUGACAAGUAUAAUCUUCAAAAAGUUGAUACCUUCCAACAUUGGUUAGAAUUUCAUGAUGAAUCUUUUGUUAUCAUUCCAAGUUUAGAACAAGGGAAAGAAAAUGCAUUUGGCAUUGUUAAUGGAAUCACUUCAAUUGUUGAAAGCCAGCAUAGUGUUAAACCAAUCUCAGGAAUAUCCAAAAAUUUCAACGGAAUUAUUAGCAGAGACGAGGAUACCAGAGAAGAACUUAUUACAACCUUCAGCAAGAUUGAUGAUUUGUACAUUGAAGCGAAUGAAUAUAUCAUCAAAUGGAAAAACUUGCAAAUUUUAUGGGAAUUGAAUCUAGAGGACGCACAAGACUUGGGCAAAGUUUUCAAUCUUGAAAGUACAAUAGGUGAAUGGUUUCCUAAGGUUAAAGAAAUUUUAAAGAAUAGAGAAUUAUUUGACCAACCUCAUCCAGAUAAAUCAUUUGGCAACUUGUUCAUCAUUAAUUUCUCCAAGGUUCAAAAUAGAGUUGCAUUGAUGUUUGACAAAUUCCAGAAAGAGUUAUUGAAUCAAUUUGCUAAAAAGUUUCUGGUUGAAUCAAAUAUUUUCAAUAGGGCUUUAUCUAGUUCAAUUGGUUCGCUAGAAGAAGCUAUGCAUUUCAAUUUGAAUUCGACCAAGUUAAUAGUAUUAAUCGAUAGCUACUUGAAAAACAAACAGUUGUUUAAUGAGUGGGAAGAGCAAAUUAAACUCUUCAACCAAAUUCAGAAUUUCUUAUUUCGUCAAAGGUAUAAAUUCCCGAGUGGAUGGUUAUAUGUUGAACAAUUGGAAUCGCAUUUGUCAAUGGUAUUGACUUUAAUUCAAAGAAAGCAGAAAUUGAUUGAUGAUAAUUAUGAGAUUAUUGUAUCCAAAAUUAAAGCUGAAGCAAUCAAGUUGAAUGACUCUGUACAUGCCUUAUAUCGUAAGUGGCUGACUCAUAAACCAAUUACUGGAAAUUUAAGCCCGGCAUUCGCUAUGGUUGAAUUAGAGAAUUUUCAAAAGCAAUUUGCUAAUUUGGAGCUCAAUACUAAAGCGAUUUUAAAUGUUGCAGUAUUAUUGGAUAUAGCCAUAAUUCAUAUUGAUGAUUUAAGUUUGGGAGUACAAGAAGUGAAAGAUCUUAAGAUAGUUUGGUCUUCAGUGAACGGAUUAUGGGAAGAUUUAGAAAGACUCAAACACUGGAAAUGGUCUGAAUUACAACCAAGACAGUUGCAUGUUCAAUUAGCUGAGUUGUUGAAUAGUUCGCGAUCUUUACCAACCAAUGUUAGACAGUAUGCUGCUGUGGAUGAGAUUCAAAACUUAGUGAAGGAUCAUUUGAAGAACCAUAAUAAGGUAGCUGAAUUGAAAAAUGAAUGUAUGAAAGAACGUCAUUGGAAGAUAUUAUUGAGCCAACUUGGAGUUGAAAAGGUAUUAUUCGAGGAAAUGACAGUUGGUGAUGUUUGGAAUUUAAAUAUUAGUUUGAAUUUGCAAGUAAUUAAUGAAAUGUUGGAACAAGCCAAUAAUGAAAGAACCAUUGAAGAGAACUUAACAAAGAUAAACACAGAAUGGUCCACAAUUACCUUUGAACUAUUCAACUAUGAAAACAAGUGUCGAUUAGUUAAGAAUUGGGAUAAGCUAUUUGACCAGUGCAAUAAUGACAUUAAUGCUUUAUCAAGUAUGAAGAAUUCCCCUUAUUUUGGAAGUUUUGAAAGAGAAAUUAGUGAAUUGGAAAAGAAAUUAAAUAAUUUAUUCAUGAUUUUAGAUACGUGGAUUGAUGUACAAAGACAAUGGGUUUACUUGGAUGGUGUUUUUGGUAACUCGAAUAAUGAUAUCAAGAGCUUACUACCGAUUGAAACGACCAGAUUUACCAAUAUAACUUAUGAACUUCAAAAUUUGAUGAAACGUAUCUACAAAUUUAACUUGGUAAUUGAUAUAGUUUUAAUUGGUGAUAUUCAAACAAUUAUGAAUAAGUUCUUGGAAAGUUUAACCAAAGUUAGAAGAUUGUUGACUGAUUACCUUGAGAAGCAGAGGGAAUUAUUUCCUAGGUUCUACUUUGUGGGAAAUGAAGAUUUGUUAGAGAUAAUUGGUGGAUCCAAUGAUAUAACCAGGAUUAAUAGACAUUUCAAAAAAAUGUUUGCUGGUAUUGAAUGUGUUGAAUAUGCAAACGAAAGUUCAUCUAUUGUAUCUGUGCAAAGUGAAGAAGGGGAGAAAUUGGAGUUAAACAAACCCGUCUCAUUAAUUAAAUUCCCCCGCUUAAAUGAAUGGUUGAACGAAUUGGAAUUGGAAACCAGAUUAACAUUGGCACAACUUGUUAAAGACAAAUUAGGUUUAUGUCAUAUGUUGCUAUCACAAUUCGGUGAUUCCAGUCGCUAUUUGGAUUUUGUGACCUCGGCUCCUGGUCAGGUUGCAUUAUUAGCAGUACAGAUCACUUUCACAACAUUGACAGAGGAGUCUAUGAAGACGGGAAGUUUGAAUGAUCAACAGAUAAAUGUUAACAGUGGGAUUAAUGCACUCACCCAGUUGAUUAGCUACGAGAUUUCAGACAUAGAAAGAAAGAAAAUCCAGAAUUUGAUCAUUGAAAUGAUUCACCAUCGGGAUAUCAUUACAAGUUUGUUGAAUGCAAAAUCAGAAUCAGAACGUGAUUCCAUCUGGCAUAUCAGUCAAAAGUUCUAUUUUGAUACAAAGUGUAGUGAUUUGUUGAGUUCGUUAAAAGUCAAACAAGUUAAUGCAGAGUUUAAUUAUGCCUUUGAAUAUUUGGGAGUUGUGGAAAGAUUGGCUUAUACUCCAUUAAUUGAUAAUUGUUUCUUAACUAUGACACAAGCAUUAGCUAGAAAACAAGGUGGUUCUCCAUUUGGUCCCGCUGGUACAGGUAAAACUGAAUCUAUUAAGGCUUUGGGUCAUAAUUUAGGUAAGAUGGUUUUGGUAUUCUGUUGUGAUGAGUCUUUUGAUUUUCAAUCUAUGGGACGAAUAUUCCUUGGUCUUUGUCGAGUAGGUAUUUGGGGUUGUUUUGAUGAAUUUAACCGUCUAGACGAUGGAAGUUUAAGUGCAAUCUCAUCUCAAAUUGAAACUAUUGAACAUGGUUUGAAGAACCCUGGAAGUCAAAUUUCAAUUUCAAAUAGAAGCAUAAAUGUCGAUCCAGAAACAGGCCUUUUUGUUACUAUGAAUCCUGGAUAUGUAGGAAGACAAGAACUACCAGAGAAUUUAAAGAAGUUGUUUCGUAGUUUCUCCAUGGAAAAACCAGACAGCACCAUUAUUGUUGAGAUUUUACUUGCCUCUCAAGCAUUUGAGAAUUCAAGAGAUUUGGCAAAUGUUAUUGUUCCAUUUUACUUGGAAUUGGCCGAGAAGGUUUCAAGACAGUCACAUUAUGAUUUCGGAUUGAGGGCACUUAAAAGUAUGUUGAUUAGAUGUGGUCAAUCCAAAAGAAAUCUGAGAAACCAGCUUGGAAAAGAUCAAAAGCUCUGGGAAACUGAACUAGUGUUGCGAAGCAUUAUUGAAACAAUAUUACCAAAGUUGGUAAGAGAAGAUGAAAUUCUAUUCAAUAUCUUAAAGGAUAAGUUCUUCGCUGGUGUUUCUUCAGAUACUGUGGACAACGCUAAAUUGGUAGCCGAACUUCACAAGUAUUGUAGUAGCAUUGGAAUCCAAUGUGACGAUAGAUGGAUUACUAAAGCAUCGCAAGUGGUUGACAUACAAAAUACCCAUCAUGGUAUUAUGUUGGUUGGUGAAUCUGGAUCUGGAAAAUCAACAAUUUUGAACCUGGUUCUACAUGCAUUGUCAGAAGUUGAAAAUGUGGAACAUACAUCUAUAGUAAUUGAUGCAAAGGUGCUUUCUAAAGAACAGAUUUAUGGAAAAUUGGAUUUAGUUACAAGAGAUUGGACUGAUGGACUCUUCACAAGUGUUUUGAGAAGGAUCAGAGAAAAUUUAAGAGGAGAACUAUCGAAAAGAAUUUGGAUUGUAUUUGAUUGUGAUAUUGAUCCCCAAUGGGCUGAAAAUCUUAACAGUGUUUUAGAUGACAAUCGAAUUUUGACAUUGCCUAAUGGUGAGCGUUUAGCAUUACCUGAUAAUUUGAGAAUUGUAUUUGAAGUUGAUAGCUUGAAGUGUACUACACCAGCAACAGUAAGUAGAUGUGGAAUGGUAUGGUUUGACUCCUCUUUGAUUUCUAUUGAUGCACUUUGUCACAAGUUGGUCCAUAAUUUGAAUUCAGAGACAGUUCAUCUUGGUGAAGAAGGAAUAGCAGAACUUAAUAAUGGCAAAAAAUUACAGACUUUAUUUGUGCAACAAGUUGCAGAAAUUUUAAACCCUCAACUCCUUUCCAAGAUUUGUGAUCUAGCAAAGAAUAUUGACCAUAUCAUGGAUUUCUCAAUCCAACGAGCUGUUACAUCAUUUGAGACUACUUUGAGAUCAUACUUACGCCGCUUUAUCAAACAUUCUUAUACGCAUAAUUCAGAUAUUAUAGAUAUCAAGAAAUAUGUUGACAAGGCUGUUCUACUUUCGUUUAUAUGGACCUUUGCUGGUGAUGCUAGUUAUGAAGAGAAAGAAAAGUUUGGCAGAGAAGUUGCUCUUCUUGAUACAUUUGGUCAUAUAGAACCUGUCGAAGGUGUCCACUUAGACUAUGAUAUUUCACUACCCGAAUGUGAAUGGUUGAAUUGGAAUAAUUCUGUCUUUGCAAUUGAACUUGAGCCAUAUCAGGUAGCAAGUCCAAAUACUGUGGUCCCAACACUUGAUACUGUUAGGCAUGAAUAUCUCGUGUAUUCCAUUUUGAACGAACAUAGACCAUUGUUACUUUGUGGACCACCAGGGUCGGGUAAAACAAUGACAUUGUUGGAAGCAUUACGAAAAUCACCUCAAUUAGAUGUGUUAUCUUUGAAUUUUUCAAAAGAUACUUCUCCUAUUUCGUUGUUGAAAUCUUUAGAACAAUUUUGUGAAUACAAAAAGUCUAAUCGUGGAAUACAACUUGCUCCAAAAGUUUCUGGUAAAUGGGUUGUGGUAUUCUGUGAUGAAAUCAAUUUACCAAAGAUGGAUAAGUAUGGUACCCAACAAGUAAUAUCAUUGAUAAGACUUAUGGUUGAACAUAAAGGGUUUUGGAGAACUGGAGAUCAACAAUGGGUGUCGCUUGAGAAUAUACAAUUUGUUGGUGCAUGUAACUCGCCAAAAGAUCCUGGAAGAAAUGCGUUAAGUGAACGUUUCUUGCGACACGUGUCAUUGAUAAUGGUUGAUUAUCCAGGAACUACAUCCUUAAAGCAAAUUUACCAUACCUUCAGUUAUGCUAUCUUAAAGUGUGCUCCAGUUUUACGUGGAUUUUCUCAGGCUAUCACCGAUGCCAGUAUUGAGAUCUAUCAACAAUCAAAGAGGCACUUUACAAAAAGUGAGCAACCUCAUUACAUUUAUUCUCCUCGUGAGCUCACAAGAUGGAGCCGAGGGUUAUUGGAAGCAUUGAAAUCUAUGGAAUAUACAGACUUGAUGCAAUUGAUUAGAGUGUGGUAUCAUGAAGGGUUGAGGUUGUUUUAUGACAGAUUGGUCUCAGAAAAAGAUAGAAAUUGGACAAUGCUGCUAUUUAGACAAAUCUCAGGAAUUCACUUUCUCAAUGUAGAUUUGGAAUCAUGCUUUAAGGCACCUGUGUUAUUCAGCAAUUGGUUAACAUUGAAUUAUAGAUCAGUGAAUGAAAAUGAACUUAAAUCAUUUUUACUGGAAAGAUUAAGGGUUUUUAGUGAAGAAGAAACUGAAGUUGAUUUAGUGUUGCAUGAAGAUAUGUUAGACCAUGCCUUGCGAAUCGAUAGAGUGCUUAGGCAACCACAAGGUCAUAUGAUUUUGGUCGGACCAAGCACAAGUGGGAAAUCAACUCUUGCUAAAUUUGUUGCUUGGAUAAAUGGUUUAAAGAUUGUUCAACUUAAUGUCCGACGUAAUUAUUCAAUUGAUGAUUUUGAUAAUACUUUAAGAAAACUUUUAUUGAGAUGUGUGGGAGGAGAAAGAGUUUGUUUCAUAAUUGAUGAGUCUAGUAUAUUGGAAACUUCAUUUAUUGAGAGGAUGAAUACAUUAUUGGCUAAUGCAGAAAUUCCAGGUCUUUUCGAAGGAGAGGAGUACACUUCAUUAAUGAGUUUAUGUUUGGAAAUUUCAAAUUCACAAGGGCUAUUAUUAGAUAAUGAUGAUGAAUUGUACAACUGGUUUAGAGGGCAAGUUUCACAGAACUUGCAUGUCAUAUUUACCAUCAGUGAAACAAAUGUUGGUAGUAGUGCUGCUGUCAUCUCCUCGCCUGCGCUUUUUAACAGAUGUGUAUUAAGUUGGAUGGGUGAUUGGUCUAAUAAAUGCUUAUACGAAAUUGCAGCAUCCCGUAUUGAACAAGUUCCCCUUGAUAUUUCCAACUAUUCAAUUCCAACAUCGUUUGAACCAUUCCUUGAGAUCAAUAUCAGUAACUUUAGAGAUGUUCUUGUUGAUGCUAUUGCCUUCAUUCACAGGUAUGAACCAAAUUAUCAGGCAACCCUAGCUUAUAGGAGAGCGCCUAGUGACUUCUUGAACUUUAUAAGUGGAUUUGUAACAUUGUUCAAUAAGAAGCAAUUUGAGUUAGAAGAAAGUCAAAGACACAUUAGUGGUGGUCUUGAUAAGUUGCGGGAAACAGUUAUUAAGGUAGAUAAAUUAAAGACGGAACUAGCUAGAAAGCAAGAAGUAUUGAAACUCAAAGACAAGGAUGCUAAAGUGAUGUUGAAUAAGAUGCUUACUGAUCAGAAUGAAGCAGAGAGAAAGCAAGAAUUUUCUGUGGCUACACAAGCUGAACUUGAAAAGCAAGAAAUUGAAAUUGAAAGACGAAGAAAUAUAGUAAUGAAGGACUUGGCGCUUGUGGAACCAGCUGUUCUUGAGGCACAAAGAGGGGUACAAAAUAUAAAGAAGCAAUAUUUGACGGAAAUUCGUAGUAUGUCAAACCCUCCUGCCGCAGUUAAGAUGACAAUGGAAUCAGUUUGUGCUUUACUUGGUUAUGAGGUAUCUACAUGGAGAGACGUUCAAUUAGUUAUCAGAAAAGAUGACUUUAUACCUAAUAUCGUUUCAUUUGAUAAUGAAACACAGAUUACACCAGAACUUAGGAAGUAUAUGGAGGAGAUGUAUGUUUCCAGAGAAGAUUUUACUUAUGAAGUUGCCUACAGAGCUAGUAAAGCAUGUGGUCCGUUGCUCCAAUGGGUAUUAGCUCAAUUGACAUACUCUAGAAUAUUACAAACCAUUGCUCCAUUAAGAGAAGAAGUUCAAAGGUUAGAAACACAAACCAAAAAGACCAAAACUCAAUUAAUUGUGAUUGAUGAAAUGAUUCAUGAGUUGGAAGAAAGUAUAGAGAAGUACAAGGAUGAUUAUAGUGAACUAAUUAGAGAAACAGAGAAUAUCAAGACCGAAAUGAAGACGGUGGAGAAGAAAGUGGAAAGAAGUCUUUCAUUAUUGAAUAGUCUUACAAAUGAAAGAGAAAGAUGGAAGGGUAGUAUCAAAAGAUUUGCUGAUCAAAGGGAAAGAUUAAUUGGUAAUUCAUUGUUGGUGGCUGGGUUUUUAGCAUAUUGUGGUAUUUAUGAUCAAAAAGGACGUCAAUUGUUGGUUCAAGCUUGGAAGAAUAAGUUGAAUAAAUCCGGUAUUGUGUACGAUGAGGAAUUGACUGUUUCGCAAUACUUGACUAAUGCCAAUGAGAGCUUAAAAUGGGUCAAUAGUGGUCUACUUAAUGAUGAGUUAAAUAUUGAUAACUUCUCAUUGUUGAAAUGGUCUCAAACUCCACUCAUCAUAGAUCCAACUUCAAGUAUUGUGGAGAUAUUAGUAAGAUCAUAUUCACCAAAGACAGUUACAGUGACUAGUUUCCUUCAUGAUGGCCUUAUUCAUCAAUUGGAGAAUGCAUUGAGGUUUGGUGGAUUAAUUGUGAUUGAAGAAUGUCAGUACUAUGAUCCAAUUUUGGAUCCAAUCUUGAGAGGUGAAAUUCACAAACAGGGUGGCAGGUUAAUGGCUAGAUUAGGAGAACAAAUGGUUGACUUUUCUCCAAAUUUCAGAAUGAUUUUAUCUACCAAGGAUGGACAUAUCAAACUUCCUGCCUUUGUAUCAUCACGAACCAAUAUUGUUAACUUUACCGUUACGAUAGGAAGUCUUGAAACUAGGGCCCUUGAUAUUGCAUUAAGAGUAGCUAAGCCAGAUAUAGAAAAGCAAAGAGAAGAGUUGAUAUCAUUGAAUGGGGAAUACCAUGCUCGUCUUCAAACUCUUGAAGAGGAAUUAUUGAAUUCACUUAGUGAUUCUAUUGGAAAUAUAUUGGACAAUGAUAAAUUAGUGGAAACUCUUGAAACUUUGAAAGCGGAAUCAAGUUUGAUCAGUGAGAAGUUGAGUCAUGCCAAAGAGAUCAUCCUUAAUGUUGAAGAAGCAAGAAAUCAGUAUCAAGAGGUUGCAAAACAUGCAUCAAUCAUUUAUUCAGUAUUGGAACUACUUGGUGGUAUCAGUUCAUUUUACAAUGUUUCACUUUCAAGAUUCAUUUCACUUUUUGCUGAGCUUCUAGGAAAUAACCAUGAUGUCAAUUUAAGUGGAUUUGUUUUGAAGCUAUAUGAAGAAUCAUUUGCAAAAGUUGCACCAUCCUUGAAGCUUAAAGAUAAGAUAAUUUUGGCAUUGAUGUUGAGUAUUGUUUAUUAUUCAGAAGAUAUCGGAACGAUUUUCAAGGGUGUAUUUUUGAGUGUUUUGAAGCUGAUUUAUUCAAAUACCUUCCCGGAUACAAUUAAACAUGCUUUUGGUUUGUGUUUAGCCAGAGUAGAAUCUGGAUCUGACAAUGUUGGCAAGAUUUUGGAAAAUAAUCAAGAUAAUUCUACAUUGAAGGUUCUUUCGAGCUUGAUUUUGGCUGGUGAUGGUAACAAGAAGGCUGAAAUUAUCAAUACUUUCUCAUCAAUAACUUCAUUCUUGUAUAGUGGAGAUCGCCCACCCUAUAGUUCACCAUAUGAGCUUAACUACUGGAUUUCCAGAGAAGGAAUUACAACAUUUAUCUUGACUUGUCCUGAUGGAUUUGAUGCAACGUACAAGGUUGAGAAGUUGGCAAUGGAUAUGAAGAAGAAGUUGACGAUUGUGUCUAUGGGUUCAAAAGAAGGUGUUGAUGCUGCUAAUUCAGAAAUUCAAAAGGCUGCAAAUAAUGGGGACUGGUUGGUUGUUCAGAAUAUACAAAUGUCACCUGCUUGGCUAUCCCAUUUGGAAAUGAGAUUGAAUAGUAUUAACUUCCAUAAAGAUACAAGAUUGCUUUUGACUUGUGGAACCAGUUCGCAUGUUCCUUCGGGAUUAAUAUCUCAAUCAAGAGUUUUGCAUUUUGAUACAGAAUUAGGAUUAACUGGAAUCGUUCAAGAUACUUUUAAGUCCAUUCCGGUUAACUUGUUGGAACAACAGCCAGUUGAAAUGAAAUCAGUAUUGCUAUUAUUGGUUUGGUACCAUUCGAUUAUCAUUAAGAGGUUGAGAUAUUGUCCUGCUUCGUUCAAGAAGAGCUAUGAUAUAAAUGAUUCAGAUUUUGCAACUGGGCUCUAUGUGAUCCAGGAAGCAUUUGCUCCAUUGCUGAAGAGAACGAAUGUGGAUCCGAAGUUGAUACCUUGGGAUACUAUUUGUUACCUUAUUGGGACAAUCACAUAUGGUGGUAAAGUGGAUGACAAAGACGACUUUGCAUACUUUGAAAGUCUUGCCAGCAGGUUGUUUAGUGAAAAGGCUUUUGAAAUUGACUUUAAUAUAAUUGAAAACGAGUACACCAUACAAAGCAACUCCAUUUUAAGAAUGCCCGAAGGAAAUUCAAUCUCAGCAUAUACUGAAUGGAUUGCGAAAUUACCAAACAACACCCCAUUAUCUUGGAUUGGCCUCGAUGAAAACGAUGGAAACCUUGUCCAAGAAAAGCUUGGAGAAGACAUAGCUUCUAAGGUUGUUGAAAUAAGUGAACGCGUCUAG